AGAUGGGGUAAAAUACCUAUAUGAAAAAUUUCUUCCAACUUUAAAACAUAGCAUAUAUGAAAUAAUUGAGACUUCUGAAAAUGUGAGUGAGGCUGAGAAAGAGGCAGUAGUGACUGAUGUUAAUAACUCAAGUUAUCAGUGCUCCAAGCAACAACAUGAUGAUAACUCAAGUAGUCAGCAUAUAGAAGAACACGAUGUUGAUGACCCAGAUGAUCAUUGUCCAAGGGAUGACUAUAGUGAUGCUGACUUGGGCAGUUGUGCAGAGAAGCAAAUGACAGAUGAUCCAAAAAAGUGAACACUUUUGGUUAAUAAGAACUUGGUAUCCAUUCAGGUAAUGUGCAAAGGAAGGAAUAUUAAUGCUACAGAUACAUUCAAUCCUGAGGAUGUAAACCUGCAGAAAAAACUGCUCCAAGUACAGUGCUUAUAAGUAACACCUACUUUAAGAGACCUGUGUGUGAAAGUAAUUUUAAGCCUUUAACUGUUAAGACAUUGAUCAACACAUCUCUGCUAGUUAAUUUUCCAA